AUGAAAAAAUCAAAAGAAUACAUUGGCCUUUUCUACAAUCUAUUAACAAUCGGAGAGAACAAUCUCUCUACAGAUAUAGAAAAGUUUAUUCCUUGCAUUAAUUCAGAAUUUGCAGGCUCAAUCCUCAACGAAUAUUUAAGAAACAACGUCUUUCAUACAGCAUUAAUUUCCGUUAAGCAGCCUGUAUAUGUUGUUGGUGAUCUUCACGGUGAUUUAUUUGAUCUACUUCGUAUUUUGAAUCGCAAUGGUUUACCGCUUCAGACAAAUUAUCUAUUUCUCGGUGAUUAUAUUGAUAGAGGACAAUAUCCUGUGCAGACACUUCUAUUGCUGAUAGCUCUUCACAAUGUUUACCCGACAAAUAUUUCUUUAUUAAGAGGAAAUCAUGAGAUCCCAUCAGUUUGCGAGCAAUAUGGAUUCAAAGAGAAAGUUCUUGAAUUAUUAGGUGAUGAAAACCUCAUGGAAGCUUUUUACACCGUAUUUUCUUACUUACCUUUAGCUGGAAUUGUUGACAAUAGGUACUUUUGCGUUCAUGGUGGUAUCUCCAAGAAUCUAACAAGUUUAUCUAAUCUUUUACGUCUUGAAAUGCCAAUUUUGGAGAUAACUCCGUUAGUUGAGGAUCUACUUUGGUCUGAUCCAGCAAACUCUGAAGAAAUGUAUUUAUCUAGUGCAAGAAAUAAAGGCCAUCAGUUCGGAGCAGCUGCAACGGAGCGUUUUCUAAAUUCAACAAAAUUAUCUUACAUAAUACGUGCUCAUUCAUACAUUUCGAACGGUGCAACAAUAUUUCACUCGGCAAAAGUUAUUUCCAUAUUCUCAUCAUCCCAUUACGUAGAAGGAGGAAAUGUUGCAACAAUAAUUUACCUCGAUGGAGUACAUGUAUUCGAGAAACUAUACCCGGCUAAUUACUUAAAGGUAGCUGAUUCUAGUUUAGUACCUAUUAACUUUGAAAAGAAAUUGGCCGCAACAACAAUACUGAAGCCAAUAAUUAGGCCAAAGCCCAGGCAUAUGACACCCAAGUACAGAGCGACUCUUCACAUUUAA